UUCUUUUCUUUUUCAUCAAAUUACCCUACCGAACAGGACCACACACAUGACAUGCACGUCAAAUGGUGGAACAAAAUAAGGAGUGUGUCAUCCAAAUCAGCAAAUUUAAAUUUUCUCUUGUGAUAUCAGGAAUUACAAAGAUUUUACAGAGGGUCAAUGAAUCAAGAACACAUGGUCCUGACUACGAGAAAAAUUAUUAUGAAUCAUUGCUAAUUGUAUUAGACACUUUAGAGAAAUGCCUAAGUGGCCAACCAAAAGAUACAACAAGAUUUGAUGAAGCCAUGAAUGUUAAACUGUUACUGCGAGAAAUCUGCCAAUUUAUUGGUAAACAAACUUUGAAAUACAAAAUAUUUAAUAAUAAUCAAGUUUUAACUAUUGAUGCAGAUUUGCCAAAUGAAAAUCCAAUGGUUAACCAGCUUACAGCUCUAGCUUCAAAAUAUUUAUUUGCUCUCAGUCUCAACAAUUUCAAUGCUGUUUUCAGUCGGAUAUCAUCAAGACUGCAAGAAUUAAGUUCAUCCAACGAAGAGAAUCCUGACUUAAGUGACAUCGAACUCAUUCAAUAUAUAAAUGCAAGCCAUUUUCCCGUUGUGUCAAGCCCACUGUUUCGUGUCUUGUUUUCGCAUAAAUCCCCACAACAACAAAGCUCUUAAAGUAUGCCUCAAUCCACAUUCGCCACCAACUUUUCACUAUGUCCUUGUUGCUUCCCUCUACAGAAUUAUCACACAACCACUCUUUCAUCCAUCAUGGACAUAUGUGCAGUUAUGCCAG